CCCAGCAGUUCCCGCUCAGUGCGACCUUCUCCACCGCAGUGCAGGCCCCGAGCAGGGGGUCGGACAGGCAGCGUUUGAGUGCGGAGUGUGUGAAGGGGAGGGGUCCUUGCGCGAUUCUACGAAGACAGCCGAGAUUGCAUCAAUCCGGAGCCACACGAGUGCAAUGCACUUCAAAACCGAGAGCAUCGACUUGCCGACGGAGAGUGCGGACUGCGACUUGGGUUCCGGACUGCAGACGUCGCCGUGCGUGCCUGACGGGGAGGAAAGCAUCCCUGACCCGACGAUCGCUGCAGGUUUGAAGGCCGAGAGCAUCGACUUGCCGACGGAGAGUGCUGACUGCGACUGGAGUUCCGGACUGCAGCCGUCCCCGUGCGUGCAGUGCGCUGUGUGCGGCCCAGGCCAUGGCGGUCCGUGCCCGCCGCUGCACGGAGUGUUCGACCAGCUUGACGAGGAGGGAAGCAUGCCGGACUCCAAGGUCGCUGCAGGCGUCGGCGCGGAGCAGGCCCAGCAGCUGCUCGUCGGCGAGGCCUUCUCCCUCGCAGUGCCGGCUGGCGACGCGGUCCAGGACGAGCAGGCCUCGAGCAAGGAGACGGGCAGGAAGGCGCGCCGCGGAUUCAACUGUGGGGAGUGCGGCCAGCGUUUCCGGACUGAGAGCGGAUUGCGGGACCACCUUGCAAUUCACACUGAGGGCGGACCUCACUCGUGCGGGGUGUGUGGCAAGGAGUUCUCCAAGAAGAGCGAUCUUGUGAGGCACUCGAGGAUCCACACCGGGGAGAAGCCUUACAAGUGUGACGUCUGCGGAAGGGCAUUUUCUGAUUCAUCUGAUUUAGUGAAACACAGGAGGAUCCACACCGGGGAGAAGCCUUUUAAGUGUGACGUGUGUGGAAAGACGUUUGCUGAGUCAGGUCAUUUAGUGAAACACAAGAGGACCCACACUGGGGAGAAGCCUUACAAGUGUGGGGAGUGCGGAAAGAAGUUUGCUGUGUCAAGUCAUUUAGUGACACACAAGAGGAUCCACACUGGCGAGAAGCCUUUCAAGUGUGACGCGUGUGGCAAGGCCUUUUCUGAUCCAUCUGCCCUAAUGGUGCACAAGAGAGUCCACACUGGAGAGAAGCCCUAUACGUGUGACUUGUGCGGGAGGGCAUUUUCUCAUUCAGCUACUUUUGCGCGACACAAGAGGAUUCACGCGGCAAAGAAGCUGUAGGCAUAUGGCGUGUGAUAAAAGACGUUUUCGUGGGAAUGCACACGAGAGGACACGCGGACACACUGCUGUUUGUAAAAUUCGUUCCCUUUAUUGAUUUUUGCUCCGUUGUCGACUAAUAUUAUAUACACGCAGCGUUUAAAUAAUAAAAUUGGACUUUAUGUACACGCAGCGUGCACAUAACAGAAAAAAAAUUAUUGACACGCAGGAUUUUUCCCCUCAGACGUCCACCGACGGUGGCCAUGUGGGACAAAAUGUUCCUGCGUGCAAAUAAU